CUUGUGAUUCUCAUUCCACUUCAUUCUCAACUUGGAGUGUUUGUGUAAGAUGUCCACGCUGCGUUAGAGUGACGAGAAAAAAAAAGAAACUCGGCGACAAUUGGAGUAUGAUGACCUUCAGGAAGAUGAAGACGAAGAUGAUGGUGGCGGUGGCGGUGGCGGUGGCGGUCAUCACUGUGGAGGUCCAGACGACGUCUUGGUCCCAACGAGCUGUGGGCUUGUGUCAUUACGUCUGCGCAUCGGACACCGACAUUCCCACCAAUAUUUCAUCGGACACGCAAUGCCUGGAGGCGCAGAAGACCCAAAUUCGAGUGAUCCGUCGCGGUGCGUUCACUGGCCUUCAGAAACUCAGGAAAGUGAACAUUGUUGACAACGGCGUCCUGAAGACUGUGGCCGGCUUGGCCUUCUCCCGCCUUCCUCGGCUGGCCGACAUCUUCAUCUCAGCAAACAGCGCAUUGGAGUCAAUUGGAGCGUUCGCGUUCUCGGAUCUUCCUGAACUCAGCGAGCUGACCAUCACCAAGUCCAAGCACCUGACGUACAUCCACAAAGAUGCCUUCAAGGACCUCGUCAAGCUACAGCACCUGAUCAUAUCCCACACGGGAAUCACGGCAUUCCCUGAUUUCUCCAAGAUGCACUCGGCCGCUGACUACUUACUGCUCGACCUGCACGACAACAGCCGCAUACAGGAAGUGCCCGCCAACGCCUUCAACGGCGUCUGCACGCAAACCAUCAGAGACAUACGGCUAACCAGGAAUGGCAUCAAGACGGUGGCGAGAGACGCCUUCAACGACACAAAGAUGCACAGAUUGUCUCUGAAGGGCAACCGGCAGCUUAGUCACAUCCAUCCCGACGCCUUCGCGGGUUCCAGUGAGUUGGUCUUACUCGACAUCUCGCAAACGGCGCUGAGCUCACUUCCGGACGCCAUCUUGGGCGGCCUCCGCAGUCUGAUUGCCGAGUCUGCGCCGGGCCUGAAGGAGCUUCCUCCUCGGCGAGCCUUCGCCAGGCUGCGCGAGGCUCGCGUCACCUACCCGUCGCACUGCUGCGUCUUCCGACCCGUAAACAAAAACAGUGUUAAUUUUAGUUCCAAGCACCGGAUGUGCUCGCUGCCGGGGGCCCGCGAGGAGGCCGCCUUCUUCCGGGACCACUGCUCGGGGGACUACGACCCCACCUGCAGCCCGGCGCCGGACGACUUCAACCCCUGCGAGGACAUCAUGAGCGGCGCCCCGCUGCGGGCUCUCAUCUGGGUGGUGUCCGUGCUGGCUCUGCUCGGCAACGCGGUCGUGCUGCUCGUCUUGUUAGGCAGCGCGUCCAAGCUGACGGUGCCGCGCUUCCUCAUGUGCCACCUGGCGUUCGCCGACCUGUGCAUGGGCGUGUACCUCCUGGUCAUCGCCGCCAUGGACGCGCUCACCCGGGGACGCUACCACAACCACGCCAUCGACUGGCAGACGGGCCUGGGAUGCGCGGCCGCCGGCUUCUUCACCGUGUUCGCCAGCGAGCUGUCUGUGUUCACGCUGACGGCCAUCACGCUGGAGCGCUGGCACACCAUCACGCACGCGCUGCGUCUGGACCGCAAGUUCCGGCUGAGGCACGCCUGCGCCGUGAUGACGGCCGGCUGGAUCUUCUCCUGCCUCGCCGCGACAUUGCCCGCGCUGGGCGUCAGCAGCUACAGCAAGGUGAGCAUCUGCCUGCCGAUGGACGUGGAGUCGGUGUGGUCUCAGGCCUACGUGGUGUCGCUGCUUCUGCUCAACAUUGUUGCGUUCGCGUGCGUGUGCGCCUGCUACCUCAGCAUCUACCUGGCGGUGCGCCACCCGUCGGGCGCGCCGGCCCGCGCCGACGCCCGCCUGGCCCAGCGCAUGGCCGUGCUGGUGUUCACCGACUUCCUGUGCAUGGCGCCCAUCUCCUUCUUCGCCGUGUCGGCGGCGCUCAAGCGACCGCUCAUCACCGUGUCGGACACCAAGCUACUCCUGGUGCUCUUCUACCCCAUCAACUCGUGCGCCAACCCCUUCCUCUACGCCUUCUUCACGCGCGCCUUCCGCCGCGACUUCGUCCUGCUGGCGGCGCGCUUCGGCCUGUGCAAGGCGCGCGCCCACGGCUACCGCGCCGACAGCUCGUCGUGCCAGCAGCCGGCGUGGGCGACGCCCAAGAGCGCCCCCGUGGGCGUGUGCUUGAUGGCGGUCGGGAAACGCGACAGAUGACGUUGCGACACCAGCUACACCUCCACGGUCCCGUGACGUUCGAUGCGAGACGCGGACGGACACGUUUAGAACGACUGCGGCACCGAUGCAUUAAUUGACGCUCUAUUACGGGCAUUUGACGUGUUCAUCGGCACGAAAUGGCUGACUCUCCUUCCGGUUUGACAAUUGAAACACAAAUUGCCCACUAAUUCCGCUUUUUCUACCGCGAACCCCUUCAACAUCCAGACAGAGUACAAAAAGAUACCAAAAACUCAAAACGAGGCCAGGUUUAGUCAGAUGUCAAAGAUGGCGCACCCCCCCGCCUGCCCCUCACACACUGUGAAAAAAAAUCCAAACAAGGCCAGGUUUCGUUGAGUGUCAAACGUGGCGCACCCUCCUCCAACCUUCACAAAAAUAAAAGUAACAAGAUUUGUAAAAAUAAAGCCAGGUUUAGGUGCAUGCACCCCUGCCCUGCACACACCAUCAACAAAAAUGUAAAAACAAAGUCAGGUUUACUUACUAUCAAAAUACAAACUUUGUUGAGUGCACCACCAUCUGCCGCUUGCACACCAUCCAAAAAACAAACAAACAGACCAGCUUCAGUUGCUGACAAACUGUUUUGUCACCAAUUCACCAUCUGAAGGCAUCAACAUAAACAGAAGACAGAAAAUACAAUUUCACAUUUAGCAUUCAUUUCAACAUAUGUUUAAAUAACAAUAAUGCUUUUCCUUUAUACAUACUGUACAUAUAUAAUAUUGUUAAUUGUGCUUUGGUCCUUUGAAAGGCGCAACGUAAACACAAGUCAUGUGUCAUAUGUUGUUACCUCAUCAUAACAUGUAGCGCUUGUAAAUGUUGUCCUUUGUUCUGCCUUUAUAAACGUGCUCUUUUAACCAUG